AUGGUCUCGACGUCGAGUGUAGUCGGCGCCGCCACCGCGCAAGGUCUGGCGGUCUGCCUUGCUGUCCUCGGACUACCAACAUGGACGGCCCUCGGCGCUCUAGAAGACCGUCACCCUGCCAACCUCGGCAUCGUCACGGGCGUCGUCGUCAUGCUCAUGCUCGUACUGCAUGUCCUGUACCCGCUCCUCUCGCCCCAGGCGAGCCUUCGCCGUGCUGGCGCGAGCGUUGCGAUCACGAUCGCAGCCAUCGCGCUCUUUCACGUGGUCCUCAUCUUUUUCGGGGCACCCGUCCUCGACCUCAUAGAUCGAACACUCAUGCUUGCUACGUUGCUUGCGUUCCUCUGCGUCCUGCCUUUGACGACCGCUGUCGGCCUCGCCUCGUUCGACUCGUACGUCGAGACAGUGUUGCACCAACGGUGGCGCUCCCACGAUGAGCAGCAAGCGACGUGCACCUUUCUGGGCACGCUCUUUGGCGCCUACAUCGGAGCGCUCCUCCUUCCGUUGGAUUGGGACCGACCGUGGCAGCAAUGGCCGCUGCCCUGCGUGUACGGAGGUGUGUACGGCCACACCCUCGGGCUACUCGUCUCGACCCUCUGGCACGUGGCCACAUCCUCGCAUGGCAUUCACAAGCGAUACGACUAA